GGCCUUAUGAAGCACUGUCGACGAAGAGAGAUCUGCAAACUUAGUGAAAAGCCAGGUGGGGCUUCUGAACCUGUUCGUCGCGCCUGGCGAUGAGAAAAUGCUGUACGCGUAUAAAACUCGCACCGCGUUUGGAGGCUAAACCAACGUCUUUCGGCCGAUCCGUCGUACAGUCGAAUUUUAGAAACUGACUUACAAGAGCGGUCUCUCCGCUUCUCUCGCCCUCUUUUCACGUCCGCUCAGCCAGGGGGGCGCAUUUGAAGGGCGCAAUGGCGUUCGUCAAGACCAUCAAGACCAGGUCUUACUUCAAGAGGUUCCAGGUCAAGUACCGCAGACGCAGAGAGGGAAAGACCGACUACCGCGCGCGCAUCCGCUUGGUUACCCAGGACAAGAACAAGUACAACACCCCCAAGUACCGCUUUGUGGUCCGCUUCACCAACCGCGACAUCGUGGCCCAGAUCGUGUCCGCCAAGCUCACGGGGGAUGUGGUCCUGACUGCCGCCUAUGCGCACGAGCUGCCCCGGUAUGGCCUCAAGAUUGGCCUCACCAACUACGCUGCUGCCUACUGCACCGGGUUGCUCUUGGCCCGCCGCUUGUUGAACAAGCUGGGUCUCGAUGAGAUGUACCCGGGUAACGAGGAGGCCACUGGCGAGGACUACAACGUCGAGGCCGGCGAGGAGAAGCGCCCCUUCACGGCCCUGCUGGACGUCGGGCUUGCGAGGACUACCACCGGCAAUCGCGUGUUCGGCGCCCUGAAGGGUGCCUUGGACGGUGGCCUGGACAUCCCCCACAACGAGAAGCGGUUCCCUGGGUAUGACAAGGAGAGCAAGUCCCUGGACGCGGACACGCACAGGCGCUACAUCUUUGGCCAGCACGUGGCUGACUACAUGGAGGCCAUGAAGGAGGACACCCCUGAGAAGUACGCGGCCCACUUCAGCAAGACCGUGGCGGAGGGUUUGGAGCCCGACGAGCUGGAGGACAUGUACAAGGAGGUGCAUGAGGCCAUCCGGGCGGACCCCACUGCCAAGCUCACCGAGAAGAAGAAGCCCGAGAAGCCCAGGCAAUGGAAGAUCAAGAAGCUGACCUAUGAGGAGCGCAAGGCAGCCUUGGUGAAGAGGCUGGCGGCUCACAACGAGGCCGACGAGUGAAGCUGCUUCUAGGCCUUGAGUUGGCAGGGUGACUGACGGUGCCCCUUUUAAUACAUGGGUUUUGAGCAGGGUCCUGCAAUUGUUGUCCUGUCGCUUUAUGUGGGGGAAAAACGCGAUCUUGUGGCAGGACUCACGUCACGCGUUGCAUGCUGAUGUGCUUUGAGACGUGCAUUGGCUGUGAUUUGACUAUGGUCACUUCGGUGUGAUAUGCACGGAUGUGUGUUGUGGAUGCCAUGAUGCAGCGUGUAUGUUAUAGCAGAC